AUGGUCCACGCCCGACCAUCUCCGAUUUUUUUAAAAUUUGAACAAUGUGAGGAAUGCCCAGGAAAACUGAGUGUCGAAAAUAACUUAAGAGCGAUUUUCGAAGAAGCUGUAAUUUCCCAUGAUGAUAAUCGCGAGGAUUUUGGAUUAAAAGCAGAAUGGCACUUUUUUGCAACUUCUCAUGGUAAAAGUCCUUGCGAUGGAAUUGGAGGGACAACAAAAAGAUUGGUUGCAAGAGCAAGUUUGCAGGCAUCAACAAAAGAUCAGAUAUUGAACGCCAAAGAUUUUUACACAUAUGCUGAUGCGAAAAUAAAUGGUAUUAAAUUUUUUUGGGUAGACAAAAAAGAAAUUAAAGAUCUGCUAGGAAUGCUUGAAAAAAGAUUUAGGUCAGCAGAUAAAAUAAAGGGUUGUCGAAGUCAUCACUCAUUUAUUCCAGACAAAAAUGAUCAACUUUUGAUGAAACGUUUGUCUUCAGAUUUAUUUGGAUACAAUUUUAAUAAAAAUGAAAGUGAAGACACCAAUGAUGAUUACGAGCCGGGUCGAUUUGUAGCUUUGGUCUAUGAUAAGAAAUGGUAUUUAGGAAACAUUAUAGAAAGAGAUGAUAAAAAUGAUGAUUUAAAAGUUAACUGUCUGAAGAAAUUUAAAGAAAAUAUUUUUUAUUGGCCUAAAAAUGUAGAUAUUUGCUAUGUACCAUUUAAACAUAUUUUGAUUCUUAUACCUGAUGAUAACAUUUCUUAUGUUGGAAAAAUUCACAUAACUCUUCCUGAAACUGUUUUUAAACACAUUAGCACGUUGUAUAAUAAUUUUAAAUUGAAAAAAAAAAAAUUGACACUUGAAAAAAAUUUGUUUUGCCUGUUUUUGAAGUUGUUUUAUUUUUCAAAGAAAGCAAACGCCAAUUUUAUUUUUUGA